CAACCACGGAUCAGGUGUCUGCAGCGUCGUUAUGGAGUGGGCAAAGGACCCAUUUUCCGGGGCUGUGAUUGUCAUGGGUUUCAACGGGGUAUUUUCUUUUCUGUUGACAGAAAAAAAUACAAGGGGACGCAUCUCUUGAAAUUGGAAAGGGGGACAUCCACAGUUCUGGAGAAAGCUAUUCAGACUAGACUCUGUUGUGUAAAAUCACACGACGUUCCUUGGGGGGACGCUAGGCUGGUGCUCACCGCUUCAGUGGUCAACCUUAUAGGCUUAUGGAAUCCUGCGUACGGAGAACCGAGGAGUAGUGCUGGUGGUAGUAGUAGUGGCUCGCUUAGCUAUUUUGUUUGGCCCCAAGGCUGUAUGUGCAGUACUAUGUAG